AUGCCAUCACCUCUAGCCCUACCCCUACCCCCUAAUAUAACAAAAUUAAUUAGAGAAAAAUCAGAAAUCUUACCUCCCAAAGAAGUACUAGAUGACAGAGCAGAAGAACAUUAUAGAAUAAUAUUAGAAAACAUAAACGACUCAAAAAAUAUAAAAACGACCAUCAGAGAAAAUAUAGCACUUCAUGCGAAAAAAUUAUACUACAUGCCAGAAGGAAGACAGAGCAAGACCAGACCCCAACCUCCACAAAUCUUAAAAGUGCUGGAGGCAGUAAAGGAACAGAGCCUCAUAACUAAAACCACCCAGGCAGCACUUUUAUUAAUAACGGAAGAGAUCACGGGAAUGAAAGACCUGCAGGCUGCACAACAAAGAACACUGGAGCUUAUGAUCAAAGCUCCAGCAAAGCUGGCGGAGGCGGCGGAGGAACAAAGCAAAAUUAGUGGAAACAUCCAACAAGCCAUCGAAUCACUGAAGAGGAAAUUA